UAACCCUCAACUGCGCUCCAGCGACCGUCAGCAGCAACAACUACUACAACCGGAGCCGGCCGCUUCACUCUCCCUGUCUCACUCUCGGGUGGAUGGAACAAAACACAUUUCAGCCACAGGAAAACUAGUGCUGUAAUACAAGUGACAACUUCACCGAUUCAGAAGAAGUGAUUUAAAACAAAGCUGGGCCAUGGCGACAAUAGGAGAUUUCGACCCACUCAACUCCACCGUACCUGCGACAAAGAUUGAAAUCACCGUGUCCUGCAGAAAUCUGUUAGACAUGGACACCUUCUCUAAGUCAGAUCCAGUGGUGGUGUUGUACGUGCAAGGCCUUGGCACCAAGGAGUGGAGAGAGUUUGGUCGGACAGAAGUGAUCGACAACACGUUGAACCCCGACUUUGUGAGGAAGUUUGUUCUUGAUUUCUUCUUUGAAGAGAAGCAGAACCUUCGCUUUGAUGUGUACAAUGUGGAUACCAGGAGCUCCAACCUCUCGAAACAUGACUUCCUCGGCCAGAUGUUCUGUACAUUGGGGGAGAUCAUCGGCUCGACUGGCAGCAGGCUGGAAAGGACUCUCUCUGGGAUUCCUGGGAAGAAGUGUGGAACCAUCAUCUUCACAGCCGAGGAGCUCAGUAACUGCCGGGACAUAGCCACCAUGCAGCUCUGUGCCAACAAGCUGGAUAAAAAGGAUUUCUUUGGCAAGUCUGACCCUUUCCUUGUCUUCUACCGGAGCAACGAGGAUGGGACGUUCACCAUCUGCCACAAGACUGAGGUGAUCAAGAACAAUCUGAACCCCGUUUGGCAGCCAUUUACCAUCCCUGUUAGAGCACUCUGUAAUGGAGACUAUGACAGGACGGUCAAGGUGGAUGUAUACGACUGGGACAGAGAUGGGAGUCAUGACUUUAUCGGAGAGUUCACCACCAGCUACAGAGAACUUUCCAGAGGCCAAAGUCAGUUCAAUGUCUAUGAGGUUUUGAAUCCUAAAAAGAAAGGCAAGAAGAAGAAAUACGUCAAUUCAGGGACAGUGACUCUGCUGUCUUUUAAAGUGGAGUCAGAAUGCACAUUUGUCGACUUCAUCAGAGGAGGGACACAACUCAAUUUCACUGUGGCCAUAGACUUCACAGCAUCUAACGGAAACCCAUCCCAGCCCACCUCACUGCACUACAUGAGUCCGUACCAGAUGAAUGCAUACGCCAUGGCUCUAAAGGCUGUGGGGGAGAUUAUCCAGGACUAUGACAGUGACAAACUCUUCCCAGCAUACGGCUUUGGGGCUAAACUUCCCCCAGAUGGCAAGAUCUCCCACGCCUUCCCACUGAACUCAAAUACAGAAAAUCCAAACUGUGUGGGCAUCGAGGGUGUACUAGAGGCUUACUUCCAGAGCCUGCGAACUGUUCAGCUGUACGGCCCAACCAACUUCGCUCCUGUCAUCAACCAGGUGGCUCGGUGUGCUGCAGAAGUGACUGAUGGCUCCCAGUACUUUGUACUGCUGAUGAUCACAGACGGCGUCAUCUCAGACAUGGCUCAGACCAAAGAGGCUGUGGUCAACGCAGCCUCCCUGCCCAUGUCUAUCAUCAUAGUGGGAGUGGGCCCUGCUGAGUUUGAUGCUAUGGAAGAGCUGGAUGGAGAUGAGGUCAGAGUGUCCUCCAGGGGACGCUUUGCUGAGAGAGACAUCGUCCAGUUUGUUCCUUUCCGGGACUACAUCGACCGUUCAGGGAACCAGGUCCUGAGCAUGGCCCGACUGGCUAAAGACGUCCUGGCGGAGAUCCCUGACCAGCUGCUAUCCUUCAUGAAGAGCCGUGGCAUUGAACCCCGGCCCCCUCUGCCUGCCACUUCUGACUCCCCCUCAAUGUCCACCACCACCACCACCACUCUGGCCCCCAAGGAACGCAACAUGCACGCCUGAGAUGAGAGCAGCGAGCAGAGCAGUAUAGUAGUCAGAGCUUUGAGCAAAAGGAGAUGUGCGUUUGUGUGUGUGUGUGUGUGUGUGUGUGUGAUGCCUGCAUGGUUUCAGGGUUGGUUUACAGGAACCGAAUCAGGAUUUUCACAGUAAAUUGAUGGGGACACCCACCAGAAGAGAAUACAUUAAUUUACAAGCGUUGGUGGGGAAGAUUCCUCGAACAAGAUCUGGACUGGAAAUGUUAAAAAAAAAAAAAAAAAAAGCACUUUUGAUCCUUUUAAUAUUUCUGGUUCUGGCUUUUGUAAACACCUAUCAUGAUGCACCCUCUGCAGGUGUAACACAACUCUGCAAUUACCCACAGACUGCAUUUAAAUCAAAGGGACAAAUGUAGUUUAGCACUUUUUCCUCACUUGUCAAUUCCAACAUUGUAGAUGAGUGACUGAAGCCGCUACGGACUUUUUUGCCAACACAACUUCUGCUUAGGUUGAGUCUACAGAUCCGUCCUUUCAAUUUCUGUGACACUGUUCCUGCUCACAGCGAUAAGAGUGUCUGCUGUAAUAGAGUAAUAAAUCCUGAAGUAGCCAGGCAAUUGAUUUCUAUCAGUUGUAAAGACGACAGCACUAAGGCUGAUGUCCUUUCCUUGUUUAUUCUCAGGGCAUUUCAAAGGCUUGACAGUAACACAGGCGAUCUAAAAAACAAAGAAGCAGAUACUAAAUCCUGUCCUGGUUGUGGCCUCUGAGAGCCAGUGAACACCAGUUCUUUUUAUUGCUUCAUGAAAAUGUAUGCUGUAUAUUACUGUAUGCUAAACAUGAAAUUCAAAUGUGUCAUUAUGUAAAGAAUUGGAGAAUGCUCUACAUUUCAAGGUCAACAUUCAGAGACUGAGCAUCGGCAAGUUGAAACUAAUCCCACUUGGAUGCGAAGGGAGGCACUUACAAGCACAUCCUGAAAGCAGGAAAUAUAUAUGGCCAUGAAAUUAGCUCGGGAUGGAGAACAGACGGAAAUAUCCUCCACUCCAACACCUCCACUUCCUCCAGCCACCAUACAAUUCAACAAUAUCAUGAAGAACGGGCUAUUUCAGCCCCGGUUUCAAAUCUGUGUGCUGUGCUGUCCCCCUUCUUCCUCUAAAUUGUAACUCUCCCAGCUGGGGCUGUCAUUUGGGAUGAAUCAUUCAUGAGGUGGGUGCCUCUGGUUCUCAAGCCGUCUGGAGCAUGUACCUGUUUAAAAUGAAUAAAGUUGGUCACUGUGCAUUUCACAGGCCAGAAUAUUUAAUAUGUAGCAGAGAAUGUGUGAAAGCAUCAGGUCACCUUAGGUAUUUUUGCUUUGUUUUGUUUUUUACUGGAAAGAGGACACCACCAAAAACAGCAAAACGUGUGAGGGAGGCAUGGUAUGGAGUGCUGUGUCACAGCCCAGUUGCCAGGAGAAAAUGUUGCCAUUGUACGUUUCUGCAAAUCACAAAUAUGAUACAUUUCCAUGUUUCAUAUGCAUCAUAUCAGUGUUUCUGAAGUGACGUAGUAGCCUACUUGAGCUGACUUUGUCAUCAGUAGGCGGAGGGGAUGCUAGAUGGCCUGAAAACUAGGAGAGACAGCUGCCAAGCUGCAGACCACUGUUCAAGACCAACAAACCACAAAACGGAUUUUUAGGCUUCAAAUGUGCGUUUUUUUUAGGGACCCAUCACUGUUUUCCGAAUCAGUCAAUCAAUCAUUUGUCACGUGGAAUUAUACAAGGUACAACUCCAGUAAAAUAUGAUCCCAACAGCUCUUUUAACAUGUGCUUUGUAAUUUAGUCCUAUUUUUUUUUUUGCAUCUUCUUACAUUGUUGGCUGCUGCUUUAUAAUUGCCCAUGUUUCAUUCACGGUUUCUGGUUGUGGCAUGAUUUAACUGUCCACAUAUCCCCACUUCGACAGGACAGCUGCGUUGCACUGCAGAAGCUUCUGAAUGGCAUAUAGCAGUGAUCCACUGCAGGAACCUGACAGCACCUCACAUUCCCACAAUAACACCAGUCUUUAUUCACUGUAAAUCACUUGAUUGAAUGGCACUGUCCAUGAUUUAGCUAAGUUUUUGUGAAUCAAAGGAUAUUACAGUACCUGAUAUCCUGUUGGAAACUGAUGCAGCACUGAGGUUGUCCAGUUUAUUUUCCAGUGUCUGUGCAAUUGCUAGCAGGAUGCUGGUUCAGCGGGUGCCAUCUUCUCCAUCUUUCACUCAAUGUUAACUGAUGUUUACAUUUGAAAAACCUCGACCUGACUAGCUGGCAGAGUUAAUAGAAGGAGAGUUUACAGACUUGUGAGUUGUUGUCCUCAUCUUGACAGGUGACUCACAGUAACACACCACCACUGUCCAGACAAUUUUUUUUUUUAAUGCAUCUGCUACACCAUGACAUGCAAAUGUAAUGCAUCCAUGGUUUGCAGAAAUGUACAAUGCCACCAUUUUUUCUGGCACUUGGGUUGUGUGUCAAAAGUCACUCAGACCGACUACUUUUGGAAAUAUUGGCACAGUUUUCCCUCAUCGGUUCUGCUGUUUGAUAUAUGGCUGUAUAUUUCCUGCAGCUGUCAGUCAGGGCUCAUCAGCUUCUGUAGACUGAACACAUUGAUUUGCAAUGAAUGCUGACUUUUUUCCAAACAUGCUCUUUUAUUUAUAAUUUCAUUUGUUAUGCCUUUGUUGUGUGCAUGAAUGAGUCAAGCAAAAGUGAGCGAGUGCUUCAGUAGAAACCCCACAUUAAUUUUACUAUGACAGGCUGUGCUCUCUUUUCCUCACAUACACUCCUAAAAACUGUGCAGUUCGGUCACAACUUUUUGUUUCUUCUUCUUAGCAAACAACUGUAGGAGUGUUUCAACCUAACAGCAUCACAAAAAUAGAAAGACGGUGAGGUCUGUAAAGCUAAGAAUAACAUCAGUGAAUGGAUUCAUCAGGAUUUGUCUGGAUUAUUAAGCAUGUGUUGUAUCAGAAAGGAAAUGGAUAUGUGGCCUUAUUUCUGUCAUAAUCCUACAAGUAUGUGCAGGGGAGGACUCUAUUUUUUUAUGACAAAAUGGGAAAUUCAUGUUACUUUGCAUGCUUAUUUGGCUGAUAUGCUGCCAAUGAUUGUACUUGUUCAGAAAAAAAAUGUAUCUGUAUCUUUAUUCAUAUCUGAAAAUGACUUCAGACAACAUUCCUACAUGUGUAUACUUGUGUACUGUGCAGGAUCAUUCUUUCUGUUCCUACUGUUUUUGUGUACAGUAUACUUGAAGGAACUGCCAAUUUAAUAAUCCAAAACAUAUAGGAGAUACACGAAUAGUAUGCAUGCAUGUGUGUGUUGUGGUCAACAAGUACACCAACCCAGAGUCAUAAAAUGUAUUGAAUACUUUUCUAUGAAGCAUGUUGAGCUUUCUAUACAGUGUGUACAGUAUUAGUUAAUUACACUGACAGACAAUAUACUGAUCACUACUUCUCCCUAGUUUAGUGUGCUCCAUACAGGAUACAUGUAGGUAAAAUGUAAAAUACAUCUAAAGUGAUGUACAGAAUAUAUUGUGAAGUCUUCCUUCUUUCCAUUUUGUUCCCCUCUAAUAUGUCUUUGUUAUUUUUGUCUCCAUUUGUGUUGGUCAGAACUUAUUUAUAGGUUUGUCAGUGUUUUCUAGCUUCUGCUUAGAAACCAAAUAAAGAUAUUG